GUCUUCUGAGCAUCGGAAACCGAGGCCGUCGGCGGGGCAACAUGGCUGGGCUGGAACUCCUGUCUGAUCAGGGCUACCGAGUGGACGGGCGGCGCGCCGGGGAGCUGCGCAAGAUCCAGGCGCGAAUGGGAGUGUUCGCGCAGGCAGACGGCUCGGCCUACAUCGAACAAGGCAACACCAAGGCACUAGCAGUGGUCUAUGGGCCGCACGAGAUCCGGGGCUCCAGGUCAAGAGCCCUGCCUGAUCGGGCCCUGGUGAACUGUCAGUACAGUUCCGCAACCUUCAGCACAGGUGAGCGCAAGCGGCGGCCACAUGGGGACCGCAAGUCCUCUGAGAUGGGCCUGCAGCUUCGCCAGACCUUUGAGGCAGCCAUCCUUACACAGCUACACCCACGCUCUCAGAUUGAUAUCUAUGUGCAGGUGCUGCAGGCAGACGGUGGGACUUACGCAGCUUGUGUGAAUGCAGCCACACUGGCUGUGCUGGACGCUGGUAUACCUAUGCGGGACUUUGUCUGUGCCUGCUCUGCUGGCUUUGUGGAUGGCACUUCCCUGGCAGACCUCAGCCAUGUGGAAGAAGCAGCUGGUGGCCCCCAGCUGGCCCUGGCCCUACUGCCAGCCUCAGGCCAGAUUGCACUACUUGAGAUGGAUGCCAGGUUGCAUGAGGACCACCUGGAGCAGGUGCUGGAGGCUGCUGCCAGGGCUGCCCGAGACGUUCACACCCUACUGGACCGAGUGGUCCGGCAACAUGUACAAGAGGCCUCUCUCUUGCUGGGGGACUGAGCAUCUGUUCACUGAAGCCCAAAAUAAAGUGUACACACCA